UCAGAGAACAAAAGACGAACAAAAAAGACAAAAAAUUGUCGAGAUAAGAUAAAGAAAUGCAUGUAAGAGUGCAAAUUGCAUAAAAAUCAUAAAAUAAAUCGUGUUAAAAACGUGAAAAGGCAAGACAUUGACACACUGCAGUUGAAAAAUACUCAGAAUUGGCAUUGAGAUAAGGAAUUUUCUCCGAAACGCAACUAAAAAUGUCUCUUUUGCGCGGUUCCCUGAACUACGUGUGGUGCACAACGAGCGUUUUGGGCAAAGGCGCUACGGGUGCUGUGUUCCAAGGCGUUAACAAGCACAAUGGCGAAGCUGUUGCGGUAAAAACUUUCAAUCAAGUGAGUCAUAUGCGACCGUAUGACGUGCAAAUGCGCGAAUUUGAGGUGCUGCAAAAGGUCAAACACAAAAAUAUCGUCAAAUUGCUCGCCAUCGAGGAUGAUCAAGAGGGCCGGGGAAAAGUUAUUGUCAUGGAAUUGUGUACGGGCGGCAGUUUAUUCAACAUUCUCGAUGAUCCGGAGAACACUUAUGGCCUUUCGGAGAAGGAAUUUUUGUUGGUGCUCGAACAUUUGACGGCGGGAAUGAAACAUUUGCGUGACAACAAUUUGGUGCAUCGCGAUUUGAAGCCCGGCAACAUCAUGAAGUACUUGAGCGAAGACGGACAAACGAUUUACAAACUCACGGAUUUCGGGGCAGCACGAGAAUUGGAUGAAAAUCAACAAUUUGUCUCGUUAUAUGGCACCGAGGAGUAUUUACAUCCCGAUAUGUAUGAAAGAGCGGUCCUGCGAAAGCCAAUUAAUCGAAGUUUUACGGCAAAUGUCGAUUUGUGGUCGAUUGGCGUGACUUUAUAUCACGUCGCGACGGGAAAUCUCCCUUUUCGCCCAUUUGGAGGCAGAAAAAACAAAGAAACCAUGCAUCAGAUUACGACGAAGAAGCAACCCGGCGUAAUUUCAGGGAUUCAAACGACAGAAAAUGGGCCAAUUGAAUGGUCUCGUCAACUUCCGCCGCAUUGUCAGCUCACAACGGGCCUAAAAUAUCUCGUAACGCCUCUUCUCGCAGGUUUAUUGGAAGAAAGUCAGAAGCGAAUGUGGUCUUUUGAUCGAUUUUUCAACGAAGUCACGAAUAUUUUGACGAAACGCGUCUUGCACUUUUAUUACAUCAACAAAGCAACGAGUAUUGAAGUUUAUAUGGAUCCUGACGAGUCUCUGGAUAACCUCAAGGAACAUUUGCGACUUCAAACGGAGGUUCAACCACAAGCACAAUUACUUCUGCUCGAUCACGAAUUGCUCGAAGAUCGCGUGGGAGCAAAUUCUUCCGUUCGUGGAUAUCCGGAAACGUCAGAAUUGAAGCCGAUAAUGCUCUAUAGUAUUGAUAACAAUAACGUUUCGUUGCCAACGGAGCUCGAUCUUCCGAAAUUUCCGAGUUUUUCGAGUGCGGUGACAGUUGAAGCGGAUGCAAGUCUUGCUAAAGUCGCUUGUAGCGUGGGACACGAGAUUCGACGACGAAUUGAAACGUUUACGAAGAUUGAUGAGCUCAAUGGGAAAGGCGUGAAGCAAUUUACGAAGCUUUUACAUACGGCACUUGCGAAGUUGUUAUUAAAAUCGCAACAUUUAGACGACUUGGGAAGCACCGUAAUCGAUCUCGCUGACUCCAUCGACAUGCUAAUCGACACAAAUCUCGCUCACAUUGAAGAAUUCAAACAAGCACAUUCCGAUCUCAUGCAACACAAUCGCGAAUUCACGCGAAUUUCCGAAGCAAUUUUGCAACUUCACAACCGGUGCAUCAUCGACGACUCCAUUACGCGCGAAUGGCAAACUUUAACACGAACCAUCAACGGACCUCUCGAGAGUCGCAGCAAUUUCCGUGCCAAACAUCUCGUUGAUCGUCUGCGGGAUUCGUGGCAACAUUUACUCCGUGAUCGAGCGACGCGCUCUUUAACCUACAACGACGAACAAUUUCACGCCUUGGAAAAAAUCAAAGCUGCCGAAGUCGGAAAACGCAUAAAAUCGCUUCUGGCUGACGAUGUUCGACCGGCGAUUCAUUUGCAAGCCGAAGCGCUGGCUGAUUGGUACAAAAUGGCGCAAACGUUGUACCUGCAAACGCAAAUUUUGCAAAAAGAUGUGAUCGUGUACGAGGAAUCUGUGUUGGAAAUUAAGGAAGUGCUGCUUCGUUUGCGGAAAAAAGUGAAAACGAGUCAAACGCAAAGUGCCGACGUCAAAAAUGGACCUCAAAGCAAUAAUUAUGGAUGUGAUUUGAACGUUCUUUCGAGAAAUUUGCUCGAAAUUAAGGCCUUAUUGCAGCAAAACGGGGAGCUGGUUGAGACAAUUCGUAACAUCAGCUUCGAAGAUGUUGAUGAAAUGUUGAAUUCGAUGCCGCCGGAUAACACGAGACUCUAACAACGAACCAAAAAAUGUUUUCUUUCUUAAAAAAAAAACAUUAAACUCCGUGUCUUAUCAUUAAUUAUGUGUUUUUAAGCAAAAAUGUCACGAAAUAUAAUUUUUUUAGUAUAUUUUCCAA